AUGGAGCAGAAGCAAGAAGGAGGGAGUUGGGGAGUUGACGAGUGUUGGGGAAAGUCACAAGGUAAACAAAUUCAUGUCAUUCAAAAGGAAUUGGUGAAUCAUGAAAUUGAAACUCAAGAAGAAGUGGUCACUAGUGCAGUUGAAACUGAAGAACAAUUGGGAACUUACCAUGUACAGGAACCAAGCUGCCAAGCUGAUGAUGGAGCUAAUACUACAACAGUUGAUGACUAUGAACCAUUUGUAGAGGAUUACUCACUUUAUGCUGAUUAUGAUGUUGAGUUUAAUGUUCAAACUUCAUUUGAAAAACAACCAGAAGUGGAUUAUCUAGAGGGUAUGGUGAGUGAUGAUAGUGGAGAGGCUUUCUACUCUGAGAGUGGCCAUGGUUCUGAGGAUAGUGGAGAUGAUUCGGAUGACAGUGAAUACAAUGUGGAUGAGUCUAACAUACAAUUUGAUGUAGAUGUAGACAUGAGUGAAUUCCAUAAUGUUGUUGAUGUGGAUGAACAUGGAAUCUUGAACAAUCAUUCAAAAGAUGAUGGGAUUGGAGUGGUUGAUGAUGAGUUGGAAGUUAUUGCCACUGAUGAUUAUCAAUUUGCAGGAUUUCAUGAAGAUGAUAGGAAGAGACUGCUAAAAGAGUUGAGUAAGUCAAGUACAUGCUCACAUGGAGAGGUUCAUGUUAAACCAUUUCAGAUUGGUCAGGUCUUCAAAACCAAGGUUGAUGUUAAAAACUACAUGAACUCACAUGCUGUAGCAACAAGGAGGUCUUUAUACCUAGCAAAAAAUGACAAAAUCCGGAUUAGGGUGAAAUGUAAAGGUGUUGUAAGUAAGCCUUCUACAGGAGUUGAUGGUGGUGGGCCCUUAACCAGAAGUAGGGCAAAGUGCACGGGUAAAGAUGUAAUUUCCAAUAAAGGUACAUGUCCAUGGGCAGUCCAAAUAUCGAGGGCUAAUGAAAAUCAGGAUUAG